GCAAUAAAAACUGCCUUUGAAACUGUUGGGAGACGUGUGGAGUUAAAAAGGGAUAUUCUGAAAUUUCAAAUUAUUGAUAUGGGGAUGUGAUUAGCGUGGACCAGUCUCUUGGACCUUUUGAAUUCAAGCUGCAGUCUAUCUAUAUCUCUCCCGGGAGCAAGUCGCAUUGAAUUUAAGUUGACAUGCAGAAAAUUGAACUGUCAAUCACUUAAGGUGAAUUCAGUUACCUGUAAAAAACAGUUUAGCUACUCUGCCUGUAGAGAGCAAGUGGUACAUAAAGAGUGGACCAAAAUCAACAAUUUAUAACAUUUGGCAUCAUUAUAUCUGUGUUCUUAGAAGUGCAAUUUUGUCAUGGAAAGCCUUGGCAACAAUGACUCAUCACCACAAGAUUAGAUUACUGUGGUGCUCUUUCCAUGGGGCUCCCUUUAAACAUCACUUCCGAACUGCAGUUGGAGCAGGCAUCCGUUUAGCUUGUUAUAGCCAUAUUCCAGCAUUGUACUGACUUUCAGUAGAUGAUUCAAAGUUCCAGUUUUAACAUUUAAAGCUCUGUUUGCAGGUUACCUUGCAUACUCAUUGUGAAUAGGGAUGUUUAGAGUGUCUCAUAUAUAUGUGAGAGAAGGGGAGAAGGGUCCUGGAAGUGGUGUUUUCCAGUGACAGCCCCAUUUGGUAGAAUAGUCUCAACAGUUGUCUGUUUAGUAUUUACUCUUUUAUCUACCUUUUUAAUAUUUAUUUAUUCAUUUCUUUUAUUUACAGAUAGUUCUCAGUUAACUGUAAUUGGGAGUGGGGACUUUGUUAUUAAGAGACACAGUCGUAAAGUGAAAAAUCAUGUGACGAUGGGAAUGCUGCAUGGUCAGCAUGGACUGGUCAUAGGUCUCAUUCAGCACCAUCAUAAUUUUGAAUGGCUAAUGAAAAAAUGUCACUGAGGACUAUCUGUAUUUUGAUUUUGAUUUUUUUUAAUGUUUGUGAAGAUUAAACUUUUCUGGAAGGUCUUUGAAAUCCAAUUGUUGCUGCUUUUAAGCGGUGUGAUGUUAGGAUUGUAUUUUGUGAUUUGCCAUUCUUUGGUUACUUUAAAUUACUUUUGUAGUUGUUCUCCUGCUUACUUCUACUUUAUUAUGUGCUUGCUUUUAAUUGUUUUGUAAAACACUGAGAAUUAUCUGGUUACGCCAGUCUGUAAAUACAACAUAUGAAUAAACAAAUCAGUUUAGUACAGCGGUAGUGUUGUAUCUUCUCAAGAGGUACAUUCCACUGCGUGUGUAUUAUUUGAAUUAUAUUUUGUACUGUCUACAAUCAUAGCUAAUUGAUGUGCUUGUUCUUGGGAAAAGGAAUGUUGGCAACCUGUGGUGUAUAAUAUCUUUAAAAAUGGUCUGCCAAUUUCUGGUCAUUUUCGGUUUUUAAAAAGUUGGAGAUGUGGGGCCUUUCAACUAAGCUUUUUAUAGCGUUCAGUAACUUGUAAACUCUAGGCUCUUUUUUAAGAGAUUUGGUCUUAGCCUCUGAAAGCAAGAUCUUUUCCCCAUUUUACUCCCUAAAGUGUAAGAGAAUGGUGGGAAGAAAGUAGAGAGAAGAUAUAUAGAGAAAGGAAGAAAAACAAGAAAUAUAUGUGUUCAUGCAGUUUCUCUGAAUGUAUGCAUUGUGAAAGCAUACAGAACAGAAGUAAAAGGGAAUAUAGAUAAUACGUUGGAGAAUAUUAAAUAUGACAGUAGGUGUCUUGAGGUAGAUGUCAUUCAUUUACCUUUUGUUUUGUUUUUUUGCUGUGCUCCUCAGUCAUGUAUUCUAAGGUAGGAGUUUUCAAACUUUUUUAGACUACAGAAUUUGUUAGUUUAAAUAUAUACUGUACAUACUGGAAUAAGAGGCAAAAUUCUAGUAAUAAGAAAACUAGUGAGUGUAUGGUUUAGUGAAUUUUUUGUUUGGUUUUUGCCUUUAGACUCUCACAGAACAUAGUUUGCAAAACUCUUAAGUGUGAUUUUGCAUAAAAGAUAUAAGAAUCCUAAAAGGUACUGGCCACCUUUCUCAUCCCCAAAUUCAACCAAGUCCCUCAAUUCCAGGCCUGUAGAUGUGGUGCAAGCUCUGGGGUCACAUUUGUUAAGGAUAUCUGGAUUUAACAUUUGAUGGUGCAUCAGCAUGAAGAAGCCAUGCUCAAAUAAGUUUAUUUGGAAGCACUUUAGAAUUGAAUUCUAAUAGAAUUGCAGCAGUAUGAUUUCAAUAUUCUUCUAGUAAAAUAAUGUCAGGGAUGAUUCAGAUGAUGGCACCUUCUUUCUCAAUGAAAAGUAGGCAUUGGUUUAAGACAUGCAUAAUAAUGUCCACAAAUAUCAGUCCAGAUUCCCAUGAAUCCUGUUGCAGUUUAUUUUAUUUAUUAUUUUAUUUUCUUAUUAAAGGAUUUUUAAGGCACAGCACAGGAAAGAGAAAAAGAGACUCAAGUUCCUUGCUUUCCCUCCCAUUAACCCUACAUAGGCUAGGAGUGGGGAAUCUGAGUGGACACGUACCCCUCUUUUUGCAUUUCCCCAAAUCUCUGCUGUCCAUAAUUGCCAAAAAUUGGUAACAUUCUUUCCUAUUCAUUUUGCAAUGGAAGAUAUGUGCAGACAAAUACAGUGUACAAUAAGCUUUGAAAUGGUUUAACUUUAAACAAAAGGGGACCCUCGUCUUUUUCCUUUCUAAAUUCAGAAAAUCUUGGUUCAACUUUAUAUCAUCACCUCAACCUCAGUCUUGGCCACUAUUCAAGGUGGACUUAGAUCCGGACUGGAUUCAAGUUGACUCAGCCUUCGAUCCUUCUGAGGUUGGUAAAAUGAGGACCUAGAUCAGUGACAAAGAAUCUUUUUGGCACCAAGUGCCCAAACCAGAACGUGCGUGUGUGCAUGUGCAUGCGCUGGAGCGCCAGAAACCCAAAGACCAGCUGGCCGGUGCACAUAUAUGGUCUUCGGUUUUCUGGCUCGUGUAUAUGCGCUAGUCAGCUGGACUUUGUGCAUGCCAUAGCACUGGAAACAUUGGCCAGCAUGUGCAUGCCUGUUUUUUGGCCUUUUUCAGGCCAUCUGCGAAGACCAGCUGGCCAGCACGCAUAUGCACGCCAGAAACCAGAACAGCAGCUGGUGAUGGUGUGCCUGCCCACAGAGAGGGCUCUGUGUGCCACCUCUGCCACGCAUGCUCGCCAUCACAGACCUAGAUUGUUGGGGGCAUUAUGCUAACUCUGUAAAUUGCUUAGAAAGGGCUGUAAAGCACUAUAUAAGUCUAAGGGCUAAUGCUAUUGCUCUUCUUAGAUACAGUCUCCUGCAAUCAGAAAUUUGCAUACUCAAACAAUAAUCUUUCCUUGAUAUCCUUUUCUUUGUGUCUGAUUUGUGCCACUCAGUUGCUGGAUCAAAAAAAAGGGGGGAUCCCCCCGCCAAAUAAUAGGGUGUUGUUGUUUUUUGUUUGGACAUUUAGAACCUUAGAGUUAACAUGCUACAGUUUACUGUGCAAGAUAUGUUACUUUGCUCAGUUGCUGAGUGAGGAAAACUUUUUCAUGCAGAGGUAAUUGCCCUGAAUUCAAAAGAUGUUGGAUGUGGUGCUUAGUGAAUCUCCCCUUUCCCCCACAAACUUUGUUUUUCUCUAGAUAUUAACUGUUUCAAUAGCCUUUCCAAAGUUGAGGGUUUUUACACACACACAAACACACACACCCCUUUACCUCACUAUGUUUGGGAAAAAGACUGCCAUUGCAACUUACAGCAUUAGUGGAAAGCUGUCUCUAUGUUCAGACUUGCAAAUACAUAACUCACAGUGAAGAAAGCAUGAGGAAAGAAAGAGGAAAACAAGCUUAUGACGUGAAAUUUUCUUUCAUUCUUGAAAGAUGAUGCUUCUGAAAGUUCUGUGGUCAGAUUCCAUGUUCAAGAAUUAUGUAGCUAACUGAAUAGUUAAGAUAAUUGGCUGUAAAAAGUGCCUGAAGUCCUACAAAAACAUUGCUAAUUACUAUUAAGACAUCAAUUUGAAGUCAAUGAGAUACUGUUCCUCCAUUUAUUUAGGUGUUAUGGAAUUAUAAUGUAUUUUGCAUAAGUGCUUUUAGGAAUGUUUAAAAGAAGGUUGUGGCCUCUGCUGACUGAUUGCCUUCCGCUGUUAUUGUUUUCCAUGGGUACCACUAUUAAGGACUAGCAAAUACAAUUACAGUACUGAUCAGGGCAGUGAAGAUAUGCUUCAUCAUGCUGAUGCUAGAUGAGCAGAAGGCAUACAUACUAUAUACAUCUUGACUUCUGCUUCUGACUCAGGACCAGGUAGCAUCUCUAGCUUCCCUGGAGGCAAAGAAAAGGCAAAAGAAGUCCAGCAUGAUCCCCAUCCAUUGACUAGAACAGGGGCAGCUGAAAUGAGCUUGAUCUUCCCAUCCUUCUAAGAGGACUUUGUUCCAUCUGCCAAGUUUAGAAAGAGGUAUGCAGCUGAGUAGCAGAUUUAACUCUUGGAAUAUUAAUAUCCCUUGAAGAACUUAUAAAGAGUAUUUGAGGAAUAAGCUCCUGAUGUCUGAAUGCCAAGGAUUCAAAAGAAUAAAACAUACUGAAUAUGGCAGGAGCAGAAAUUGGGAUACCCUUCCGAUAACAACUCUGAUUAACCAUAAGGAUAAACCAAAGAAGUCGGAUAAGACAUUGAAAGCAAUCCAACAGGUGGGCCAAGCGGUUAACCUAGCUGUUGGAAAAUUUGUCACGGUGGGUGAAGCUAUAGCCAAUGAAAACCAAGAGCUGAAAGAAGAAAUGAAGGCAGCCUGCAUUGAAGCAAAGCAAGCAGGUGAGACCAUCGCACACCUGACAGACGUUGCAACCUUGGAUCGUCCAGAAUCUGAUGGCCAGAUAACAAUUUUUACAGAUAAAACAGGAGUGAUAAAGGCUGCAAGGCUCUUGCUUUCCUCAGUUACAAAAGUAUUAGUUCUGGCUGACAUAAUAGUUAUUAAGCAAAUUAUAGCGUCUAGAAACAAGGUCCUUAUGACAAUGGAACAGUUAGAGAAAGUGAGCAGUUUUCAGGAAUUUGUGCAAAUAUUCAGUCAAUUUGGAAAUGAAAUGGUGGAAUUUGCCCAUUUAACUGGAGAGCGACAAAAUGAUCUGAAAGAUGAAAAGAAGAAAGCUAAAAUGGCAGCUGCUAGAUCUAUUCUUGAGAAAUGUACCAUGAUGCUUCUCACUGCUUCCAAGACCUGUUUAAGGCAUCCCGAUUGUGAAUCUGCCCGUGUUAACAAAGGAGCAGUGUUCCACAGAAUGAGACUAGCUUUGGAACAGGUUAUAGAGAUUGUAGCAGACACUCGGCCCAAUGGAGAAAAUGAAUCGGGCCCAAUGAGUAUCUAUACCGGCAUCAAGGAAUUCAAGAAUAAGGUGGAAGGUCUGCGAGAAAACCUUUAUCUUCUGCCAAGAGAGAACCUUAGAGCAUUGCUGCGUCUUGUCCUUGAACUCACAGAAGAUUUUACUGAUUCUGCUUAUACAAGCCAUGAAACACGGGGACGCAUCUUGGAGCUCUCUAAGCAAGCAAAGAUGGAAUUGGAGCAGUUGGUGUCAGCCUGGAUCAAUGCUCAAAAUCAGAAAAAAAGAGAAGUCACAGAGGACUUGGAAAUAUCCAUUCUAAAAAUGUGCCAGUGCAUGAAUGAGCUUCAAAGAGAGCUCCAGAGUGCAGCAAUAUCUGUCGCAGCAGACCUGAUAAAGUUUCAUUCUGAUCACCUUGUUUUGAAAGCGCUGAAAACCUGCGGAGUAGAAGGAAAUAUAGAAGCUAUUGCACAGCAUAGUUAUAAGCUUUCUGAACAGAAAGACCAAUUGAUCGAAAUAUGCCAUCUUUUGAGACAUGUCUCUGGAACAGAGCCACUUGAAAUUACUUGUCUCCAUGCAGAAGAUACUUUUCAUGUGACUGGGCCUCAGAUAAUUUCUGCUGCUGAAACUCUGACAUUGCAUCCUUCCAGUAAAAUUGCAAAAGAAAAUCUGGAUGUAUUCUGUGAGGCUUGGGAAUCUCAGCUGAGUGACAUGUCCCUGCUCUUAAGAGAAAUCAGUGAUGUGUUUGAAGGAAGACGAGGGGAGAAGCGUGCAUACUUGUCACUACCCAAACCAGGGAAGUAUAAUGCAAACUUAAAAGCCUUAAAGCCAGCCAGACUUGAUAAUGAGGAGCAAACAAAAUUUGGAAAAUUAGGUUUAGAACUUCAUAAGCUAACAACUCGGGUUGAUUCUGAAAUGGAGAAAUGGGAAGACCCAGACAAUGAAAUUAUAAGAUAUGGACAAGGUCUAUCCAGCAUGGCUUAUUCCAUGUAUUUAUUUACAAGAGGGGAAGGACUGCUGAAAAUUACCCAAGACUUAUUCCACCAGGCAGAGGCCUUUGCUACAGAAGGAUUAAAACUUACUUCAGCUCUCCAUAUAUUUUCCAAUCAGCUGGAAGAUGACGACAAGCCACUGCUUCUGCAGGAGAUUGAGAGGAUGGUCUCUGCAUGUCAGCAGCUUCAGGUCACAGCUAAAGGCCCUGCGCAGGGCAAAACUGCAACUUAUCUAAAGGUGGAUACCUGUAUUCAGAAAGCAAAGUAUAUUCUGGAUAUACUUUCCCAAGUUCUGCCACUUAGCUUCAGGUUUCUUAGAAAGCACAAAGCAGGAAAUGGGUAUCUAAUGGCCCACUGCUCUUGGAAUGGCCAGCAUGCAGUGUCAAGAGAAAACAGUGGUCUGGCUGGGAGGACUAACACUUUUGGAGUCAAAUCCUUGGAACAACAUGUAGCAAGCCUCACUGUAUUGGAGAACAAAUGAAUGGAAGAUGGGCUCAUUUCUAUGUUGGAUUUGUACUUUUAAAUCUCUCCUAAUUGCUUUCUUUUGAGAAAGGUCAAACCGGGUUAGAAAAAGCUGAUGUAAUCUUUUCACAUCUAAUAGAUGUCAUGGUACUUAGCAAUUAGCAAAAGGAACAGUCAGAUUUAAUGGCUGCAUAUUUUUGUAUGGUGAAUAACUUUUGGUUCACUAUUAAUACUAUUUUUGUAAUCAAGUACAUUAUGAAUGUCUUAUUUUUCAAACCCCAAAGAUGCUGCUUUGAAUGUUCAUGCAGAUGAUCUGGCUGAUAUCAGAUAAGCUACAUGGAAAACUACUGGUAGUGGUUGCUGCUGCUGUCCUUUAUUUGUUUAACAGCUCUCACUAAUAUGAGUCUUGACCCUUGCCAAUAUCAUUUGCUGGGGAAGUCUGUUUUGAAAAAAGCUUAACUGGCUGAGUGGCUGCUCAGGCUUUGCCUCUUAAAGUGACUUGCCAGGAAAUUCUGUUGCCAUAGAUAACCACAUUUGUCUCCUGGUGGGCAAGGAAGGUAAAGAAGAGUACUAGGAGAGAGGCCGUCAAAGAAAUCCAUGUUGCUGCUACCAGAUACAUAAGUUACAAUAAAGCUUUAAUGAUGAUAAUUUUAUUUUCAUGUAAAAACAGUUUUAGCAAUAUUUAAAAUUAAAACUAAAGUUCAGUAACAGCAUUAAUAAAAUCAGCUAUAUUUAAAAGCUCGCUUUUAUGUUAUUCCCUUUUAUCUAUAUUUUUAUAUACAAUCUUUAUAGCACUAUCUAAAGAAUCUUUUCAGAAAUAGUUCUAAAACUGAUAGGACCUAAUUCCCUAAUAAAUGUGAUUAUAUUUACAGCCUUAAAUAUAAAAGCUUGAGCUCUCAUUUUUAGCAUGUUACAGGAAAGCUUAAGACUGAUCAUUCAAAUAAGUUGCAGCUACUAAAAAUACUUAUUUCAAAGAGGGCAUUACCUACUUUGCAAGUUCUUUUCCAAGCUUGUUUAAGAUCUGUAUAUAUUUUAAUGGUCCUAUGUUUCAGAUUGUAAUGUUGUCAUUGAAUAACUCCUUGCCAGUCUUAAGUACUGUAAACUGAGUAUGUUUGAAAAUUAUAUACAGUAGCUAAUAAAUUACUCCCAUGUCCUUUACAUUUGCAUAACUUGAAGUCAUAAGCUAAGAUAUGAUUCUCAAUCAUAUUUGACUAUCAUGCAAAGUAGGGAUUGGGAGGCAGAAAAAGAAAAUAAGUGAGCAUUUCUAAGCUUCUUACUUCUUUUUUUCUUCUGUAACCCCAAUCCCAUCCUCCACUUCUGUCUGUGGCAUUUAUAUUAAUGUUGCAAUUGUUAAACAUAUUCUUUCUUAACAUUUGGUCCUGUAAAACCUUGAAACUUCACUCCGCAAACCUUAAGGCAACAGAGGCAUUAAUGACUGAUGUAUUAACUAGUUAAUUUAUAGGUUCAGUGUUGCUAUUCAGCCAUCCUAAGGCACCAUGCAUAGACUUCAUCACUAAAAUCCUCAAAGAAACAAAAUAAUAAAAAAGUAUUGAUUGUUGAAUUGACAUUUUCAGAUUGGGUUUUGUUUAAUAAAGUAGAAAGUAAGUAUAAUGUACAGAUGAAAUUAAGUAAACAAAGGCUUUUAUUGACAUAAAGAACAGUACAAUAUUUUGGCACUACAUCUUUAAAUCCAAUAGUAAAGUUACAGAUUAAAAUUUGAAGGUCUUAAAUAUUGACUUUGUUGUCUGAAAAUGAACAAUUAAGGUUAUAAUCACCCAAAAGUAAAGUGUGAAAAUCCAUAAAGUCACUUUAGUAUGGGAUAUACUAGAAAAUGUCUGAUAUAUAUCAUACUUCUGCAGAGUUCUCUUUCUUUGUAUUGCAUAAUGAUGUGGAAUUAAAACGUUUUGACAGAAA